AUGGAUCUAUCACCCUUGGCUAUCUCUUCGGUACAGAAGACAUUGGCUUUCCAACGUGAGGCAAUGAGCAUCAUUGCACAUCAGUACGAAACCGACGAAUUUUCGAAAAACCAGCUCGUACAGCUGUUGAAUACACUCUACAAUACAUCUAUAUAUCACAGAGGCAAGAUAGUGUUAUGUGGGAUAGGGAAAUCAUAUAAGAUUGCCGCAAAGCUCGUUGCCACGCUCAAUUCUUUGGCGAUACAGUCGUCUAUAUUGCACCCGCUGGAGGCAUUACAUGGAGAUUUGGGUAUGUUGAGAGAAGGCGAUGCUUUAAUAUUCGUCACGGCUUCGGGAAACACCCCAGAGCUUUUAAAUUUACUCCCACAUAUUUCAUUAAACAUCCCUAUAGUGUUGCUAACCUGCUGCCGAGAGUCCAAGUUGAGCAAAUCGGUGCAGGUGAAGAGUAUAUUGUACGCUGAGUUGCCCUCACAUUUGAAAGAAGAUAGCAUUCACGGGCUUCCUGCUCCUACAGUGUCUGCUACGGUGACCUUGGCGCUUGCCGACGCCACGAUAUUGGCUUUGAGUGAGUUGAUAGAGGCAGAUUUGGCCAAGAGGAAGGUGAGCUUUUCCAUGAACCACCCAGGUGGAAGCAUUGGAGCUAGUCUAAGCCACUUGAAUGUAAACAUGUUAAGACAGCAGGAAAGUGAGCUGCCUACUGAAGGCACAGUUCUGGCUCAACUGGAGCGCAAGGAGAACUACAGGUCAUCGUCCAGUUCUCUUUUAUCCUUGAGUCAAAUCGCAUCCUCUACUUCAAGAGGGCCCAAUUUGUAUAUACCGUCGUCCUCGAACGGUAUAUCGAUUUCGUCCCCUUCUUCAUCUGACUACGACGAUGAUACUUCUACGAAGUCAAGAAUUUUAUAA